AUGGAAAAUAAUCCAAAUUUUAAAGAAAAAAAGCGAGAAUAUAAUCGAAAAUUCUUUCUAAAAAAGAAAAAUAAAAGGGAAACUAUAAAAAAAGAAAAUUCAGAAUUAAAAAAUAUUCAAUCUGAUAAUGUGAAGGAAAAUUCAUUUGUUAAUCCACAGACUGAUAAUUAUGAAAAUAAAGGAAAAGAGCCGAUUGUUUGGGAAGAUAGCUUAAAAUUUGUUGAAAGAAAUUAUAUUUCCGAUGAUGUGGAGCAAGGAGAAUGUAAUAAGGAAAAUGGAGAGAAUUAUGUGGAAGAGCAAAAUGAAAUUGUGGUAGAAGAUCCGAAUAAAAUUGCUGAAAAUGGCAUGAAUCAAAUUGAUUUAAAUAUAUAUCCAUAUGAUCUUAAUGGGAAACCUGAUAGUAAUGAAGAUUAA